UGAGCCCGAGCUGCCGCCCGCCACCCGCUGCCCGCCUGCCGGCCCGCCCGCCUGCCCGCCUCGGGCUGUCCCUGCGGGGCGGUAGGGGGAGCGGGGCUGGAGGAAGGGAGGGAACAGAUGCGGCCUCCGAGCGGAGACCGGUUCCGCGCGUCCUAAGCCGAGGCCCCUGAGCCGGCGCCGUAACCGCGAGGGACGAAGACCAGCGCGGAGCAGCGCCCGCCCGGCCCCGGAACGCGCGCCCCGGCUCGCCGCCCAGACACGGACGGCACGGUCCGCCCCGGCCCGGGUGCCGCGCGGUCUCAGCCCGGCCGGCGACCUCGGCGCCUCCGCAAUCCCGGCCGGCUCCCGCGCGGGCCCCGGCGCUCCUCUCCGCCGCCGCCGCCGCUGCCUGUGCCUCUGCCUCCCCCUCUACUCCGCUGCGUCGGCGACCCCACCCCGGACCCCGGACCCGACCCCGCCCGCGGCCCCGCCAAACUCGGCCGCGGCCCGGGCCCUGGCCCCGGAGGCCCAGCCGUGGGUACGAUGUUGCCCAGCUCCAUCCAGAUAUCGGGGGAGCCGCUGUCAGGCGCCGAAGUGCGGGACAUCUGCCGCGGCCUGCGCGACAACGCCGUGCGCCUGCUCUCACUGCGCGGCUGCCGUCUUUGCGACCGCGACUUCGGCCGCAUCUGCCGGGCCCUGGCCGGGGCCACGUCCCUGGCGCAGCUCAACCUUAACCUGGGCGUCGUGUCUAGCCCCAGCCGCAUCAAGCAGCUGGCGGAGGCGCUGCGGACCAACCGCUCCAUCCAGUCCCUCUUCCUGCAUGGGAGCCCUCUGACAGAUGCGGGGCUGGCCUUGCUGAAUCCAGCUCUGGCCCUCCACCCUGCCCUCGUGGCUCUGGACCUGGGGGACUGCAUGCUGGGUGAUGAAGCCAUCAACCUCAUCUGUGGCCUUCUCCCCCCUGAUGGGGCCAAGUCUGGCUUGAAGGAGCUGACGCUGAGCGCCAACCCUGGCAUCACCCCUAAGGGCUGGAGCCGCCUCGCCAUUGCCGUGGCCCACAGCUCCCAGGUCCGCGUCCUCAAUCUGGACUACAACCCUCUGGGUGACCAUGUGGCAGCGAUGCUGGCUGUAGCUGUGGCCUCCAGCCGCACCUUAGAGGUCCUAGACUUGGAGGGUACAGGGCUCACCAACCAGUCAGCUCAGACCCUGCUGGACAUGGUGGAAAAUUACCCCACAGCUUUGCGGAGUCUGGUGUUGGCUGAGAACAGCAUUAGCCCGGAGCUGCAGCAGCAGAUCUGUGACCUCCUCUCUGAGGGGGAGGAGGAGGAGGAGGUGGCAGGAGGGGCUGGCGACACCCAGGAACGAGAGAGAGGGCGGGAGCCUGCUGCCCACCAGAGGGGCAGUAGCUCCUGGAUAUGCCCCAGUGAUCCCAGCUCUCAGAUGGUGCUAAUGACGUCAGGACUAGGGGACAGUCUGUUGGCUGAGACGGAGAUGUGACUCUCCAUUCAGGCUUCUGCGCGUCAUUACAUUUGCAUCUCCAGCACUUUGCCCCAGAUGUCAGGGUCAGGCCCUGGGGCUUAGGAGGGUGGGGGGUUGGUGUGCCUGGGGCUCUGGCAGCUCCUGGCAGCAUGGUGGGAGGCUCUGGAAGCUGUGACUAAACAAAAUCGUUGGGGGCACUGGAACCCAAGGCAAUGCUGGACUUGUUGGCAGCUUUGGCUGCAGCCCGCUGGCUCGGAAGAGAUUUUAUGAACUCGACAACCUGACGUGUGGCUCUGGUCACUGGGGGCUGGCAGCGAGGGAGGAAUUGGAAUUACCACUAGACAUCACUAGGGGGCAGUGCCACCCCACGGCCCAAGCUCCAGGCAGCGUCCACUGGCCCCAAAUGUCUCAAACAGGUCUGGCUCAGGUCUCUGACUUACAGGACCUGGGGUUCUGGGGUGACACCUUACACAGGCCCUGUAAGGAUCGUAACUGAGGUAAAGAGCCCCCCCGAGCUGGGCUGGACCCUACCUCAAGGAGAGACUCAGGGGCCCUGCCGGGGUUACUUGAGGUACACCCUCUCCCUCCACCUGAUGCUCUGUGCCCAGGGAAGCCCCAGGCAGAACAGUGGUAGGGGUCAGUCAGCAGCAAAAAGACUAGGACGUGAUUAGGACUGGGAAUACUCAAGAAUGGGGAGAAUAAGGGCAGAAGGAAGGUCAUUAAUAGACAAAUUAGGCCAUACCAGUAAAAUAGUUUUAUUUAAUUUUAAAAUAGUUAUUGAUGUGAAAAUUUCCCAAAGCUGGGAGUUAACAGUCUAGAGCCAAGGUUGGGAGUGGGACCAGGAUACACCUAGAACCCAGCUUGAGGGCCCUGAAUCCCACCCUCUACUCCCUUCCAGAGGGAGGAAGGAAACAGCUGAGGGGAGCCCUGAGUCAGUCCUCUCUAUCAUCCCCCCGAGGGCCUGCUGUGCCAGGCCCUUGAAGGCAACAGCUCGUGCAGAGGAUUUGGGGGGAGAGGGCAACAGGUGAAAACUGAAAUUAGAGGUUAAUAAUCCCAAUGACCCUCCUCCCCCCAACCCCUGCCAGAUAAAAAUAGAAAACUGGAGGAUAUGAAGGGAGGAUGGAGGAUAAACACUGAUGUAAUAACCCCCUCAGCUCCCCAGAACAGACCAAUUUGGGCUGACUGGAAGAAAGGUCAUGAGCCCCAGCUGCAUGUUACCUUUGGAGAAU